GGAGUUAUAGAUUUGUCUCUCCAAGAAAGGCUUUUUAUAUGAAUCGAACGGCAUGCAUUUUGUUUUGUUUCAAGAAAGGUCCCGUAAAAUUUAGUAAUUAAGAAAUCGAAGAGCAACAAACAGCAGAGUGAAGAAGGAAGGGGUUUUGUUUUGUUGUUCUCCAUGUCCAUGUUGUCGAUGAAGGGCAAAAGGUUUGUAUCAGUGCCUGUGUUGGCAGUGAUUUUGUUAAUGGUUUUUGUGUAUUACUGUUCAAUGUUCGUCUUCCUCCAAGAUUGGCUCGGUUUGCAGAGUUCCCCUGGCACUUUGAAUGCGUUCCUCUUCUCUCUCUUUGCCUCUCUCUCCCUCUUCUCUUUCUUCUCCUGCGUUCUCACUGACCCUGGCCACGUCCCUUCUUCCUACGCCCCAGAUGUUGAAUUCUCCAAAGAUAAUGCAGAACAGAAGAAAUGUGACAAGUGCUUUGCAUACAAGCCUCCCAGGACUCAUCAUUGUCGAGUUUGCAGAAGGUGUAUUCUGAAAAUGGAUCAUCACUGCUUGUGGAUAAAUAACUGUGUUGGCUAUUGGAAUUAUAAGACAUUCUUUGUUUUUGUAUUCUAUGCCACCAUGGCAAGUAUUUAUUCUACGAUCAUAUUUAUGAGCUGUGUAUUUCAGAAGUACUGGGAUCCCAUUAAAGGAAGUUCUCUUAAGACCUUUUUUGUCUUGUAUGGAACAAUGGUGGUGGGUUUGACCAUAACCCUUUUGACUCUUUUUGGAUGGCAUGUCUACCUUAUCCUUCAUAACAUGACAACCAUAGAGUAUUAUGAAGGAAAGCGUGCAAAAUGGUUGGCUAUGAAGUCUGGGCAAAGCUAUCGGCAUCCAUUCAACAUUGGCGCAUACAAAAAUAUUACUUUGGUUUUAGGUCCAAACAUGCUGAAAUGGUUAUGUCCCACGGCAGUAAGCCAUCUCAAGGACGGGGUUAGCUUCCCCACAUUACGUGAUAAUUCUUAAACCUUUCUAGUCUGGCCAAGUCCUAAAUCAACAUCAGGCCAUGCAUGGAUCUUGAAAUGAAGAAUUAAGAGCUCAUUCAUCUGAAUUUAAUAUUCAGAAAAAAGAUUUUAAAGAGAAAAGGCAAUUGAUCAUUUAAGCAAACUUUGAGAAAGUAAAGCUUAUGCAAUGCGUUGAUAGAUAUCUGUACCAAAAAAAAUUAAUGUCUGUCUUUCACCAGCUAGGGUUCAUCAUAGAUUGUUGAAAAUGGAAACUUUAUUUAGAGCUUGUAAAUCAGGUAACACAAUUUUACUUUAAUUUUAUUCCUGACAAUAGAAUUCAGUCUUAGCACAUAUUUAGAAUAAUUGCAGGUAUAUCACAAAGGCCUUUUCAUAGUGUUAAUGGAUUGUUUUAGAUUUUUCAUUUGCCAUAAUGGUAGUGGCAUCUUUCCUGUUCAUCUCGUUAUCGAGAAAUGACCUUUAAUUUUCAAUUUCCUGUGUAUAAAAUUGAUGAUUAUAUGACUUGUA